AUGGGUGGUGUUGGGCAUAAAGGAUCAGAAACUCUGUCAGUAGAGCAGGACAAGAGUUUGUCAAGCCACAAACAUUCGGAGUCAGGCCCUGUAAAUCACGAGCUACAGCAAGCUUCCUUUUGGGCACAAAGCCCUGAUACAAGUGUGCAUCAUGCAUUUGCCUCGUUUUGGAAAAAGAUGGAUGACAUGGAAAAAUUAAACAUCGAGGCAGAAUUUCGGGAAAUGAAGGAAAAGAAUGCGGAAUUCCAAGCAAAGCAAGAUGAAAUGCUAGCAAGCAUUAGUGGGGUGCACUUGUCUGUUCUAGAUUUUGUCGAGCGUGGAGGACUCCCGCCUUCUGUCGAAUCUUUGACCGCGUGGCUUGAAAUUCGCGAUAUCGACACAUCUUUAUGGGGGCAGGGAGAAGCGAAGACAGUUCAAGAGUUCUUUCAUGAGCUGUGGGCGGGGGAAUGUGAACCUUUGACAGAGUCAGCAGAAAGAGUGAUAUCUGUUGUUAAGGUUCGAAUCCUCGAUCAUGAUGAAGCGGGAACUUGGCAGCUGUAUGAGACUAAACAAAAACUAUGCCGAGAUGGGAGAACACGACCAAGGAAUCGCCCCCUAGCAGAGAAGAGGCGUCCGGAAGAGUCAUCCUUCGAUGCGGCAGUUCGGGGGGUGAAGGAAGAACUUGGAUCAUCGAUAAAGAGCACCAGCAGAAUUGUAGUGAAAGAGGACAGUUUACAAGAAUGGACCGAAAGGAGAAUGUCCAAAAGCUUUCCAGGGCUGGAAACAGUCUACAAGCUGUCGCAGGUAGACGUGGAGGUGGAGGGCUUGUCGCGAGCAGCAACUGGAGACACUUUCGAGACAGAGGAAACCCCCGAGCUCUCCAAUGGGAAGGUGCACACCUGGACGUGGAUACCCAGCGGAACGGUUGACUGGUCUCCUGUCGCGGUGCAUGAGUAG